UGUGUUCCCAAUUUGGCUGGUUGCCCGUGACAACCGCCUCAAAUUUGAACGUAAUUUUCUUAGCAACGAUUCAGGAUAGCUGCCUUCUCCCUCCUUUCACGAAGCCCUAAUUCCCUAAAACCUCACGGCCUCACCCCUGUCCCCUCCAGCGAUUUUGUAGCACUGCAUUCUCGUAAAUCUGCAAAAAUUUUCAAAUCCCUUCUCGAACUUUACAGGGUUUUCUCGUACCCCAACCUCGGACUCUUGUAAAAAAUGCAGCCGCAACCUACCCCGUCUCUCAACUCUGUUCCUCAGCUUCCGCUUAAUGCUGUCACCACUGAGCAGAUUCAAAAGUGUUUGGAUGAUAACAAAAAUCUGAUUUUGGCAAUACUAGAAAAUCAAAACCUUGGGAAACUUGCUGAAUGUGCACAGUAUCAAGCCAUUCUUCAGAAGAAUCUGAUGUAUUUAGCUGCAAUUGCUGAUGCGCAACAACCACAAGGAUCAGCAAACUCCUCACAGUUUCUGCAGGCUCCAAGUUCUGUUCCUCAACAAGGGAAUCCGAUGCAGCAAACUCAAGCCACUGCACUGCCACAGCAACAAGUUGCUGUUCCGAAGUUGCCCUUCCAGCUUAACGGUGGUUUCCCAUCUCAGGAGCAACAACAGCAGCUGCUCCAAUUUCAGCAGCAGCAGCAGCAACAACAACAAUUUCAAGGCCAUCCGGGUUUUGGGGCUACAGUCAACAAUGGCAUGCAUCAACUUAUGCGACCUGGACUAAGCGGUGCAAGUGGUCUAGAUAUGCGAGGAAACAAGCAGGUUGGCUUGGAGGCUAAUUCCAGUGAUGGCCUAGGGAAAUUGGCGCCUGGACAAGGCGGUGGCGGUGGUGGAAGGGAAUAAGCUCCUGCUGAUAGACUCCUGUCCUCAAGUAGGUAUUUUGAUGUGUGGGGUUGUGAUUGUGUUGAUCUCAAAACAAACAUCCUCUCAAAGUUUGGUGGUUUGGUAAUGUGUAUUCAGGGCAAGGCUUCAAUUGUAGGUUGUGCAGUGGAUGGUUCAUCUUUGCCGCACCAAUUUUCAGUGUAAUAGAUUCUGGUGUUACUUCAUCACAUUAUAGAUUAAACAAUUUGGCAAUGAUGGAUUAUGCUUUCAGGAGAUUUUGAAAGGAGAAUUUUUUUGCAUUUCAGGAAAUGUUCGACUCUACAGAGUUGUAUAUAUAGACAUGAACUUCAAUGGCCCUUCGAGUA